CCCGGCUCCUCGAUGCUACGCCGCUGAAAAGCGGUACCGCACUCGAGGGUCGCGGUGGAUGGACUGGCAGGGAACACAUUCCAGUCACCGCUUGGUGCGCGAAAGGGGGUUGCUAUGAGUCGUAUGGGUAAGAGCCUCUGGUCCGAGGCCACUCGUCAGGACCUAUCCGCUGGAACCAGAACUCUGGCCAAGAACAGGUCGCACGGGGAAGAUGGUAGACUUGGCUUGCAGGGUCGAGCUGGCAACAAGCUGUUGUCUAUGGGUGUUGCUACGGACAAGCGGAAGGAGCAUUGCGUUUGCCACGAACGGUCAAUAUCGAAGUUUCAAUCCACCUACAACCAGCCUUGGACUCACUCGCCGGCCGUACGACAGUACUGCGAAGUUUCCAGGCCUACAAACAGAAACUUUUCGGUCUGACGAAUCUCAUCGCCACGCUCAGCUCUCGGCACCCACUUGUCCAGUACACCACCCCCAGGACUCACUCAGCAGCCAACAAGUUGUCAGCAUCAGACUCAGCAGCCAGUCGGCUUCUCUCCGAGCCACACCCACGGGAAUUGCCACGGAUGUGACAUGUCCACAUGUGAUCUGGCCAGGCGCAUCAGCCUCCAGUCGUGGGUUCUGUCCCAUGGCACCGGAGGACGCCAAAUCCACGUUGAUCCCGCCGGGACCCAACACUUGCCCGGUGAUGUUGCUCUCGCGAGAAGCACCGGAUGAGAGCGCGGUUUUUUAUGGAUGUCUUUUGUCCGCGCGGAAUGCCCUCCAUUGCGUUUUGAGCACGGAGAGGAAACAAAAACUAGUCCAAGGAGGUCGUGCGAUUCAAACAGAGAGAGUUUCCCGAGUGCUUGAGAGUACGCAGACUGGGAUCCAAUUCGCCGAACCCCGGGUGGCUGUGUAAGUGAAGGUUGUGGCUCGUGAGCGGGAGACAACUCGGGCGACACACGCAGGGCUCUAGGUGGGAGGGCUAGACUGGCU